AUGUCUGUGAAUAUACCGGAGUGCCCAGCAAGCUUGAAGUCAAUUCAGCAUUAUCUGAAGACUGCAGCAGAACAUGAUACUAGAGAUCCAGUUGUGGCUUAUUGGUGUAGACUUCAUGCAUUACAAGUGGGACUGAAAAUUGCUAAUAAGAAAACCCCAGAAGAAACGAAAUUACUGAUGGGUUUGAUGGAUUGGUUAGAAGAAGUUAAGAAAACGAAUCGAGAAAAUGAAGCAAUUACUAAUGAAGUAGCAGCACAAGCCCAUCUUGAAAAUUAUGCUUUAAAACUCUUUUUGUAUGCUGAUAAACAAGAUAGAGAACAAAAUUAUGGAAAAAAUAUUGUAAAGGCUUUCUACACAGCUGGUAUGAUUUAUGAUGUCCUGACAACAUUUGGUGACCUCACUGAUGAAGCUACCCAAAAUAGAAAGUAUGCCAAGUGGAAGGCUGCUUACAUCCAUAACUGCCUCAAGAAUGGAGAAACACCUGUGCCAGGACCAAUGCAGUCAGAACAGGGGGAUGAAAAUGCUGAACAACCUACAAGUGAUGGUUUACCUGCACCUGCACCUGCUCCCACGGAUUUACCUCAAGUACCGGGAUUUACUACUGUGACUCCAGCAACCCCACCAGUGGCCCCAUCUAGCUUCAAUAGUUUUCUGCCUGAUCCCAAUGCUGCAAUGAGAGCAGCUUCCCAACUCCCACCAGUACCAUAUACUCCUGACCCAAACCCUGGUGGUUUCGUCCCUUAUGAUCCAUCACAGCAACAACAACAACCAGAACCAACACCUACUAAUUUAUAUGGUGACAAUAGAAUUGCACAGCUGUCCCCAGAUCAAAUUGCUAAAGCUCAGAAAUAUUGUAAAUGGGCAAGCAGUGCACUCAACUACGACGAUAUUAAGACUGCUGUAGGCAAUCUUAAAAAUGCUUUGGAGUUAUUACAAACGGGCCGUGACCCUGCUUGA